AUCGUCCCUUAUUUUACAUCAAUCUUUUUUGUCUUAUUCUCCAAACUACAAUUACGGCGCCUACUUAUAUAUAUAUAUAGGAUUUUAAACAUGGAAUCCCCUCCAAGUGACCACUUCAAUCACAUGAGCGGUCUGGACUCCCCAGCUUCGGUCACCUCGUCGACAUCCUCAUCCUCAUCUCCCGAUCCCACUCCUCCUAGUCCCUCUUUUACCAAGUUCGCCGAACUCCCAGCCGAAUUGCGACACCAGAUAUGGCGCGCAGCUCUUCCCGAACCAGGCGUCAACUUUUUCAACGUACACUGCAUCCCCAACGAUCACCUCGGGGCCAACCGAAGUAAUUCACCGCCAUGGCUAUACCUAGACUUGCGACGACUUUCAAUCUUUGACGACGAUGCUACCGUGGCCGAGUAUGACCCCUCCGCAUGGCAAGCUCGCGAAGUAUUACGGCGAGUUUGUCAUGAAGCCCAGCAAGUAUGCGCGCCGCGUCCAGACGAAUCUGCCACAAUCACCCUAACACGUCCACGGCGCGGUUUAUUCGUCACCGCCGGCGGUCUCGAAAUCCGACAUAUGACACCUUAUACGAAAGACCGAGCCACGAAACAUUCAGAACCAUUAGUGUAUCGAAAGAUCCAAGUUCGAACCGAUGAUAUUCUCUGCCUCUCCGUCGAGAACUGCAGCUUCAACCUACCAUUCGAAGAAAUGCCUGUUUCCCUCGGCGGAGGCAGUAGCCGUGCCGAAGGAGGAAUUAUGGUCACCACCGACCCGGACGAGACACUCGACGACAUGGGCUGGACGUAUGACCCGCAAAUAACGCCAUUCCUUCCAGCCUCCCUCUCCUUCUCCAAAAUAUGUGUCAACUUAGCGCGUGGGAGCAGGUUAGCCUUUGACUACGCAGGGUCCGUACUUAUGGAUAUGAUAGCCGUCUGUCAAAACCUAGAAGAAACUGGGACCGGGGAUGAUACUUUUGAUCGAUUGCCUCUAAUCAUGCUGGACGCAUAUAAGCAAGAAUUGGGCCAGCGUAGCAUCACGGAGCUAACACCGCGAGACGAGGUAUACUGGGAUCGCUUUGGAGAUCGAUAUAUUCUUUUACCAAUGACGUCGGCAGAUCAGCUAGCCGAUUAUCGCCUUACUAAAAUUUGGCCCGAGACCAACGAUAUUAGGGAGCGAUAUUUACGGUCUGCGUUGUUGCAGUCUUCGAAGAGACCGGUCCCGAGUCUCUUAGAAUAAAUCAAACCCUUGGACACCUACAUAUUUUUUGUAGCGACGGUCAUACCAAUAGCUUAUACGUAUGCUUGUAGGAAUAGCUCCUAAACCAUAUCAUUGAUUAGAGCAUUUGACCAGUAAAGAUUCGAUAAUCUCUAGUAGGACAGCCCGUAUCUAUUUGAUAAAUCUACUAAAUACUCAAAUUCUGGGCCAUAUAUACGCAUAAUGAAUAAUGAAUAACACAAUGCUCUUGCAAUAAUUUAUUAGUAGUGC